AUGCCCGACCCAGGAGUCAUUGAAUUCAAGGCAUUUCACAAGCAAGACAAGAAACUAUUUACUGUGUACUUUGACUUUGAAUGUUUAACAGUACCUUACAGUUCUUGCAGCAAAAAAGGCUCUUGUAGCUAUACGGAAAAGUAUCAAAAGCAUGUGCCCUGUAGCUUUUGUAUUGUUACUGUGUCAGAGUUUUCAGAAUAUGACUCCAAAGUUGUCACUUUCAGCGAUGAAGAUCCUAAUAAAGUGACUGAAGAGUUUAUCUCACAGCUAACUAAGAUCCAUGAUGAUAUGAUGAAGUGCUAUGAAAAGAAUCAGUACCCAAUAGACAUGACAGCAGAAGAUGAAAUAAAGUUUAAAAGUGCUAAAAUUUGUCAUAUUUGCAAAAGAAGACUGAACUGGGAGUCGAGAACGAAUUAUCCAGUUCGAGAUCAUGACCAUCUCAAAAAAAAGAAUAACUUUAGAGGUGCUGCGUGCAAUACUUGCAAUAUCAACUACUUCAAUAGAAGCAAAAGGGUCCCAGCAUUCGCACACAAUUUAAAAGGAUACGAUCUAAACCUUUUCUUGCUGGAUUUGACAAAAAGGGUCGACAAGUUAGAUGUGGUUCCUGAGACACUAGAGAAGUUUAAAGCAGUGUUUACAGAUAAAUUUACCUUCUUGGACAGCUUUGCUUUUCUUUCCACCUCGUUGGAAAAGUUAACUGCUAACAUGAAAAAGUCUGGUCUUGAAAACUUCAAGAGACUAAAACGUGAGUUCCCGGAAAACUAUGAGCUUUUGUCAGAAAAGGGUGUGUAUUUUUAUGACUAUGCAUCAUCUUACUCAGUUUUCUCCGAGAAGAAUCUUCCUCCAAAGCAGGCAUUUUACAGUAAACUUAGAGAUGAGGAUAUCUCUGACUCUGACUACUCAAGGGCUCAAAAUGUCUUCAAAACCAUGAACUGUCAAACAUUGUUGGAUUACAUGGAGCUGUACGUAAAAUCUGAUGCUCUUCUAUUAUGUGAUGUGUUUGAAAACUUCCGGAAACUUUGCCUGGAUUACUACGGCCUUGACUGCUGUCAUUACAUGAGUUUGCCAGGAUUUUCAUGGGAUGCUAUGCUAAAGAUGACAAAAGUCAAUAUUGAGUACAUGACUGAUAUCGAUAUGUAUACAUUUAUAGAGAAAAAUCUCCGGGGCGGAGUUACCACUGUCAAUCAUCGUCAAUUCAAAGCUAACAACCCAUAUUUGGAUGACUACGAUUGCAGUAAACCAACAUCUUUCAUUCACUAUGUCGAUGCGAAUAAUCUGUAUGGAAAGUCUAUGUCAUUCAAGCUUCCCUGUAAGAAUUUCCGUUGGCUUAGUAAGAAUGAAAUAAGAUCGUUGAAUAUUGGUGAUUUAGAUCCCGAAGGUGACACCUGCUAUAUUUUGGAAGUUGACCUACAUUAUCCAAAACAUCUGCACGAUCACCACAAUGACUUCCCUCUUGCUGUGGAAAGCAAAAUGAUUUAUGAGCAUCAGUUAUCACCCUACAAUAAAACGUUUUUGGAGAUGCACAACGAAAAAUUCAAGUCUUCUCGUAAACUGGUUCCCGAUUUAAAAGAUAAGAAGCAUUUUGUAUGCUCCCUCAAGACACUCCAAUUAUGUUUGAGCAAAGGGUUGAUUCUUGAAAAGAUUCACCGAGUUAUGGCAGCGGAUCAAACAGACUUUGUCACUCCAUACAUUAAAUUUAACUCGGUAAAAAGACGAAAUGCCAAGUCCGAUUUUGAAAAAGACUUCUUUAAACUUGCUAACAAUUCAAUUUAUGGUAAGUUUAUCGAGAGUUUGAGAAAUCGUACUAAUGUUGACAUUGUAAAAGAUGAAAGAUCUGCAAAGCGCCUCACUUCUAAGCCGCAGUUUAUUGGAUUUCACAUGCUGGAUGAGCAAACUACUGUUGUACAGUCUGUGAAGCGGAACUUAGUACUAAACAAACCCAUUGCUUGUGGAUUUAUCGUUUUGGAAAAUGCCAAACAUAUCAUGGGAGAGUUCUGGUAUGACGUCCUAAAGCCGAAAUAUGGUGAAAGAAUAAAACUCAUCCUAAGUGACACGGACAGCUUCAUUUAUGGUGUGUUUGCAGAGAAUGGGUACGAAGAUCUAUACAGUAUACGUGAACUUAUGGAUCUAUCAGGUUACGUUGAGAAUACCCCACUGUCGAGAUUUAAUGACCCCACCAACAAAAAAGUGCCUGGGAAGUUUUCAGACGAGAAACCGACUGAAAUAAUUAGUGAGGUUAUUGCUCUGAAGCCUAAAAUGUACUCUGUCAUGACAAAGAAGCUUGUAACCAGGUGCAGUGAACAACAUGAAUGCACUUCAUCUUGUUUCAUUGGACAUUCUGUCACAGCCAAAGGGAUAGCUAAAGCUGCUCAAAGACGGAUCCGACAUGAAGAUUACAGAAACUCUAAGCCCGCACCUAGUGUUGAUAAAAGUAAGCGCCCAGUACUUGAUAUAUUUGAUUUUGAACCGUCCUCAGGCUUUAAGAGAGCACAGCCGUCACAAGCUGGUGCUAAGCGUAAGAAGAUUAAGGUGCAGGGUAAUUCUUAUGAUUGUGGUCCUUUGGCUUUAGGUUUCUUGUGGGCAUUAUCUAAGGGACAUCAUCCCCGUCAGUACGAGCACUUAAGAGGCCCAAUGAUCCGCUCUAAGGUCUAA